CACCGAGAAAACUUCCAUAGUUUGUGAUCGUGAUUGUACUUUCAUGAAACAGGAGGAGGGGAGAUGAGAGGCGGAGUUGGUAUUAGUAAAUAUGAGCCCGUAGAAGAUGAUGAUCUUCAUUACCAAAACAGUUUAGAUAGGAAAAGAAGAAGAAGAGCUAUGGUGGAUGAUCCUGCUGUCGUCGGCGUUUCCGAACGCGCUGUAGUCGCUGAGACAGAUGCGGCGUUUCGAUAUCUGCUGCAUUACAAGCCGCGCCUCGUUCUCACCUCAAGGCCGCCUCGAAAGAAAAAUAUACCGACGUCGUUAGUGGAAGGAGGACCACGACAUGAUGCAGAAAAUGGACGUGGCAAGGCGUUUGAUCGUUCUACUUCUAACAGCGACCCAUACCGGUUCUUUCCGAAGGCCGGUAAAUAUUUUGCUGGAGGUAAUGAAGACUCCAAUGGUGGAAGAAGUGAAGAAUCCGGCUCUGGAGUGCCGCUCAUUUCCGACUUGCUCCAAGCGGCUGCGAAAGAACAACUACAUCUGAGAUCCAGCGGCAAGAACGAUUUGGAUUCGGUCGCACCUGUGGGGCGUCUCGACCUGGACUCUGAAGGUCUGAUCCUUCUAACCGAUGAUAGACGACUAAGCACAGUGGUCACAUCGCCAAGCUACGGACACAGUAAAGUCUACAGGGUUAUGGGUAAAGCCAAACGAUGCGUUAACCACUCCCCAUUGAAUCGAGAUGCGAUAGAUGGAGGAUCAGAUAAUCUCGCGGUUGGUAGUGUCGUUGCCAAAAAAAGGGCUCGAGAGGCGGUUGCGAAACUUGAUCGAGCAUUGUCUCUCUCAGAAGAUGAGCAGCCUGCUUGCCUUAUAACACAGCGAGAGUCGUCGAGUUUUUGCGCUGUGCGAAGACCCAUCGUUCGUGUCAUGGACGCUGAGUACGUACCUGCGAAUAUAUUCGUGCGACGGUUUUUCAACGAAAAAAGUGCAUCGCAGACUCGCUGUUCGACGACACCUGAUAUUUCUCGCGGCGAGCCCAAUGCCUUAACGCCUAGUAGCACCUUGAACUGUAAAGUUCUUGAACACCAGCCUGAGACCACGACUAGACUGGACUCGCCGACGCACGACACAGCUACCUUCUUGUCAACGCCGUCAACUACGUGUUCCUCAUCGCAAUCAACAUCGCCGGUUGUAGAGGGGGAGCGCCAACGGGAAACUUCCUGUCCAAAAGACGUGCUGGUGGCGGUUUUUGAGGUGACUUUGUUCAGUGGCAAGAAGCACGAGGUGCGCCGGUUGCUAAGAGAUUGCGGAUUUCAGACCCUGACGCUCCAGCGCGUUGAGGUCUGUGGUAUAGGCCGCGACGCAAUUGCACAGAUCGAAACGGUGCAAGACGCCUUGACGCGGUAUCGUGAAGACACGCAGGGCGUACAGAAUGCGCCGUGGUGUAGAGCAUUGCGAUACAAUGACUAUGAACGUCUCACUACAAAGAUAUUACCAGAAGGCUUCGAUCGUAGUAUCAGCUGCAGUAGUUUGAAGUCAAGGGAAGAUUACCGUUGGUUCACUUCAACACCGCGACGGCCGAACCAAACAGAAGAGACGAACCCCACAGUGCUCGAACCCGGUCAGUUCCGGCACCUGGAAUCAUGGGAGGUCGCGCGCAUCUUAGAACACUGUCAUCCGGUUGUAUCUCGAGGGAAGUAGCCUCUACAUUCCGCGUAGCUUCUUAUUUCUAUCCUCCUAAAAACUUAAACGGGCACUGCAGUUUCUUCACAAAUCACGUGCGCAGUUUGUACGGCGAUUGAACAGCAGCAAACGUAUUUUGUGCACUGUCGAAGACUUCUUCCCCAUUCACAUCAACAAAUCAACCGAUCCCACACCCAAGCGCAAAUCGUGCAUGCUUUUUUCCUGACCCUUGUAAAUGUAAGUAAAAAGUGGUAGAAGAAGAUGCUGGUAACAAUGCUAGCGAAG